AUGGAUGCUAUGAAACUAGAUGGCGUACAGUCUCUCCCGCUGGAGUUCAACUCGUACGCCGAGACAGUGAUUUCGAUGCUGCGGGACAGGAGCUCCGGCCUGACGGACGCCAAGUUGCUGAAGCACCUCCAGAACGUGUGCAUCGUGUACGCGUGCUUGGCGGUCAAGCGCAACGCCGGGAUUGUCUCCACACAGGCCAAGCACGCGGCAGCGCCGCAGGGGUACAAGGACAUCGCUGUCCCUGGCUUCUUCAAGUGGCUCCAGGAAAACUUGGACAAGGAGGAUUUCUUCUUGCAGCUGUGGCUCACGUUCGAGGUCAUGGGGAAGACGUCCAUGAAGGGAGGAAAUACACAACCAACGCGGGAGAGGGGCAGGUUUCGAGUGCGAAGACAACCGUCUUGAGGGAAAGGGACUGGGUGCGAGUGUAUACCUGACCCUCUGCGCCUUCAUGAUGUGCUGUUGAAAAGGACAUGCUCUACGUAGGGUGUAGGGUGUAUGGUCCGGCCAAAGGUUGUUUUCAGGUUGCCGUCAGGCCACGACGGGCUGCUGCAGCAGGAAGAGGAACCUACAUGCUGCUGUAGGAUACCUUGUCACCGCCCAUCAUUUGAGCGGCAACCACAGGAUGCAACCCGACACCAGUGUACCAGUCUGUGCGUAGCCUUUCGAGCCUCAGUUGUAUGGCAACCGAGGCCCGCCCAUUUCCUGGAGCAUUACCGUAAAUGACACAAGAUACCACACCCCCUUGACCGAUUUUCAAUNUUUGAGCGGCAACCACAGGAUGCAACCGGACACCAGUGUACCAGUCUGUGUGUAGCCUUUCGAGCCUCAGUUGUAUGGCAACCGAGGCCCGCCCAUUUCCUGGAGCAUUACCGUAAAUGACACAAGAUACCACACCCCCUUGACCGAUUUUCAAUGCUCGAUUACUCCACGACAAAGAGGAUGCACGAACGGAACGGUGCAUUUUCGGAAAGCUCUCGAUGAGACGGCUUCAACGCCGCCAUUGUUGUCACUGUGACUUCUUUUGCUGUUGAGGAAUGGGCCUUUGAAAAUCGGUCCAGGGGAUGCGGUAUCUUGUGUCAUUUGUGGUACUCUUAUUGAGAGGCAUGGAGAGCAAUGUUUGUAGUCUACAGCACGUCAUCCAGCAGUAGGUAUUUGUUCUCAAGAAUAGUCGGCGGUUUUACGAGAGUAAUAAUCAGUGAUGUUGCGUAUGUUUCUGUAGAAAACGCCCACAUGCGCCCGUGUCUGGUGUGUUGUCGUGAGCAUCGAACGCGGUGCCUAGCGGUUUGAUGUUCUUGUUUUUUGUCCGCACACCAAUGGAAUUGCCGCACUACAUUUAAAUUUCGAAAUGUCACGUGCCCCGAUCACCAUACAUGUACUAUGUGGACAACAGCAGUGUUGAACAAAUGCUCAAUCGCGGUAACAGCUGCUUUUGGCGGCAACUCGCUGGCGUUUCCCCCCUCCCCCUUCAAAAAAGCAACAUACCACGGCAACAUACCACGGGUGGGAACAGCUUUUGAGAUAGGUGGCCCCAGGGCGUACAACAUGUUGCGAAGAAAAUAAAGUAGACCGCCCAUCCCCCACCGUGUUUCCCCCCGAUCAUAUAAACUACGCAUGCAAGUUGUCGCGGUGAGACACACAAUAAACAACGAUACACUCAUGUCAGAUUUAUUGUUGCACUCGCCGCACCAAGUCAAAACUGUAGUCACAAACCCUUGUCCGUUUCGCAUUGUGUCGUUUUGCCCUCGGUACGGUGACCCUCUCCCUGGUCGGCCUACUCUAAAACGAUGACGGAACUCAUGUGCAUGUGGCACACCGGUGCUGUGUCACUUUGGCCGAUUGGCAUGACUCCCGGAACAAUAUUCUAAACCUCAGCGAAAUAUACAGUAGUGGUGUAUAUUCUUGAAAUAGUUUCCGCGCCACGGCCCUUCGAAAUAUG